UUGUCUGUCUUUUUGAUGCUGAUAUUUGAUAUAUUGAUAUUUACUUGGUUUUUGUACGACCACUCCAUGAGUUUUGUAUCACUGUGGCUCACGUUCGGUGGAGGAACCAGACUGGAGCUCAACUUGGGCCGAGUGGAGCCCAGUCUCUGGGUGCUGCCCCCUCCAGAGGAGCUGGCCCAGGGGAAGGCCACCCUCGUGUGCCUGGCCAACAAGGGCUUCCCGUCAGACUGGAGCGUGUCCUGGAAGGUGUCCGGUGGCGGUGCGGGCGGGGAGCAGAGCCGGAGCCCCGCGGUGCCGCAAAAGGACGGCCACUACAGCUGGAGCAGCAGCCUGACGCUCCCCGCACAGCAGUGGAGGGAGGGCGUGGCUGUGAGCUGUGAGGCCAGCCAGGGCUCCCAGAGUCCAGUGUCCCACACACUGAGCACACUGCAGUUGGGCCGAGUGGAGCCCAGCCUCUGGGUGCUGCCCCCCUCCAGAGAGGAGCUGGCCCAGGGGAAGGCCACCCUCGUGUGCCUGGCCAACAAGGGCUUCCCGUCAGACUGGAGCGUGUCCUGGAAGGUGUCCGGUGGCGGUGCGGGCGGGGAGCAGAGCCGGAGCCCCGCGGUGCCGCGGGCGCAAAAGGACGGCCACUACAGCUGGAGCAGCAGCCUGACGCUCCCCGCACAGCAGUGGAGGGAGGGGGGCGUGGCUGUGAGCUGUGAGGCCAGCCAGGGCUCCCAGAGUCCAGUGUCCCACACACUGAGCACACUGCAGUGUUCCCACCACUGACA